AUGACGCAGGUGCUCACCGGGUACGAUGCGUUCGAGGAGUUCCUGCUAAGGAUUCGGCGGGAGGUAACUAGUACGUGCCACCACUGCGAGAAAGAGGAAGACACGGCACAGCACACGCUAGAGUUCUGCCCGGCGUGGGAGGAACUGCGCCGUGUCCUACGACUCGCAAUCGGCGAGAGAUUAGCCCUCGAGGCGAUCGUAGAAGCCAUGCUGAGGGAGCAACAGAAGUACAUCGCCGUCCGCUCCUACUGCGAGCAAGUCAUGUUCGCGAAGGAGCGCGCUGAGAAAGAAAGGACACUGUUUAAUAUGGAACAGAGGAAAUGUUUAAAAAAUCCACCCAAAGAACAUCAAAUGGAAAACACUAUCGUGAAACAAGAGUCUUCUCGAAGGCGUCACGGCGCCCGUCCUAGUUAUCAUUUAUUUUCCAUUUAG